CUUUUGUUAAAAAUGAGUUCUACAUUACAUACUUUUAUAUGCAUCAUGGAUCAGCAUUUUAAUUUUAUUCAUAAUUGUUUUAAAAAUACGAUAUUUCUGUAACAAAGCUGCAGUUCAAUCGCUGACCCACGGGAGCCUCCAUAUCAUCCCCUAUCUUUCACACUCGACCCGUCACGUGCUCGCGCGCGUGCGCGUGCCAGCCGCCGUGUCCUCGCGCUUACCUGUGCUCAUCAUAUCGCGCGAGCGCAGAGUAUUUGUAUAUUCACUGAAGCCAGUUAACAGUACUCAAAAACUGUAGUAUGGAAAAAGUUAAAGACGUUAUUCCUGAUUAUAACGAUGAAGACUUUCUGUGUCCUAAAAGUGGGGCAAAGUUGGCCUCUCUCUUUGGUCUGGACCGAGCAGAGAGUCAGGGAAAUGAGUCCUUUCAAUUCACCGCCCCUAAACAGCCAAAAAAGUCCUGCGCCGUAUUAGGCCCGCCUCCCCAGAAGUCCGUCCCUCCUCCCUGCGCUCCAGCUGUGCUGUUUGCUACAGCUGUUCAUGCAUUCAGCUUUGUGAAUGGACAGUAUGUAAAGCAAGGCAAGAUAGGAGCUGCUGUUUUAGGAAACCAUGUCUCCAAAGAGUACAAGAUUCUUUUAUACACCAAUAAACAAAAGCAGAUCAGCGCGGCUCGAAUCCAUCGUGGAUUUGUCCUUACAGUUCAGCCUUGUAACUAUGUCACUUUCUAUGAUGACCAGCAACAAAACUGGUCUUUAAUGUUUGACUCGGCAAGGUCCAGGUCUGAGUUCUGUAAGGAGGUGUGCGUGGCUCGGUGGAACAGUGAGGCUUCGUCAGACUCUCUGGUCACUCAGGACCUGGUCCAAGGAGAAGGUCAAGCUGUUGAUGUCGGGGACACAGUGGAGGUGGCCUAUUCUGGAUGGCUUUUACAGAACCAUUCUCUGGGACAGGCGUUUGAAUCCAAUUUAGGCAAAGAAAAGCUGCUGCGAGUGAAGCUUGGGUCGGGAAAAGCUCAGAAGGGAUGGGAGGACGGGAUGCUUGGCAUGCAGAAAGGAGGUCGACGGCUCCUUAUCGUCCCUCCUAGUAUAGGUCAUGGGUCAAAGGUCAUCCUUAACCAUGUGCCAGCAAACAGCACUCUGGUGUUUGAGGUUGAGAUUCAUAGAGUUAAAUUUUCCAAAGGCAGACAUAGCCAGGCAUCAUUUGACACCUCAAGGGCAUCCCCAAGCACCUGUUCAGACUCUCAGACUGAAGACAGCACUAGCCAAUCAGUCGCCGAUACAGAUAAGUCAAAAGUCCAAGAACCUAAGGGGAACGUGGCAUCUGUAUCUCUGACAAGUUCAGGUGCUUCCAAAUCUAAAAUAAUCUCACGUAUAGCCAAGAUGGGUCAGCCAAUGCUUCCCUUUCUCACUGGGGCCAUUCCGGCUCAGCCUGACCCCAGCGACUCGGAAACAGAGGAUACCAGUGGAGUUAUUUGUGAUCCCACUCCUUCACACUCCCCCAAACUUGCACCAAUGCCCUGCACGUCGUAUCCGCCUGACGAUGCUCAGAAACAGGAAGCCGUGCCUCCAGAAGGAGACUUAAACACUACUCAAGGCUUUCAGCAAUAUUCCUUCAGACAAAAUCCUUAUUUUCCAACACAGCUGGAUUCAUUUGCCUCAGUCUACCCAUCCCAGCACAUCCCAUACCAAACCCCUGAUAUUACAUCAUUCCUGAUGUCUGACGCUCGCCGACACAACACAGAAAUUCUGCUGGCUAUUGAAAAGCUGGCACGCAGAGUGGACCAGCUGACCUGCAAGGUUGAUGAUCUGCAAAAAGAGGGUAACUUCUCUUUCAGACUGUCCUCUGCAUCCUUAGAGACAAACGUGAUCCUACAAAACAUUCAAAGAAUUAUUCAGGAGAGUAUGUGUCUGAAAAAGGAGGUUCUGGAGAGGAGUUCUCAGGUGGAGGAAGAGAAUCACAAAACAGAGAGGAAUAAGAGGUAUAUGGAGCAGCAAGACAAUCAGACUUCCCCCCAACAGACCGAGCAGGAAAAGGUAAAACAACUGCUGAAUGAAGUGUUCGAGUCUCUCAGGACAGAGUUUGAUUCACAGGAAUCUUACAGCGGACACGCGGUGCUUGAGAUUCUCCAAAAAACCAUCAAGAGUAUCUCCGUGAAGCUUCUCUCGGACCCAUGGGAACUGGAAUCAGGCGUAGAGGAAGAUGAGGUAGAGGAAGAGCAUUUGCGAAUCAGAAACACGGAGAAGGAAGACCUUAAAAAGGAAGCAUUUAUGCUAACAGAACAAAUGUAGAUAUUGCAGCAUCAUCGGCUGUUCGCAUACUGAAUGGGGAAUUGCUACCGUCCUCAUCACGUCUCAGUGUUUCAGAGCAGGCAGUUUUUCAGGGAAGAACACAGAUAUGGCUGGAUAUGCCUAACAAGUUUAAAUCAAGUUAACUAGAUACACAAAACUAAUCUUUACUGCAGUUUUCUUUGAAAAAAUUAUUUAAUAUAGUAUUUACGUUUUAUUUAUAAUUUUAAAAAAUUGCAAAAUCAAGACUAACCGAAUCGACUUGUGCAUUAAUAUUAAUUUAUUAA